AAACAGCAUUAACUUUCAGUAUGUUGCUGAAAUGGACAGUGUGAAACUCUAUGCGAUACUGUUUGCCACAGGCUGUGUCUUACCUGUGUGCAUGGCUUUAGACUGUAACUGGAGGACACAGUUUGAAUACAGGGAGAGAUGUGAAACCUGCCCUUCAGGUCAAUUUCCCAUACCAGACUUUAGUAAAAACCAUCAGAGUUUAUGUGAGAAUUGCACACGAAAAGGUGAUCACUGCUUCUGUAAUAAUGCUUUGUGUGGAGAUGAAAAAUGUUCUAAAUGUUUAUCCGGUCCACUUUGCAAAUUGGGAGAAGAACUUAGGAGAACAGGUUUAUAUGACUUUACAUACAUAUGUGAAUCAUGUCCAAACCAAACCUACAAUGAUGAGGAGGGCAAAAUGUGCAAGCCUAUAUUAGACUGCAGAAAACAUGGUUUGAGAGUAAUAUUUCCUGGAAACAGUACUCAUAAUGCAAGAUGCGGUUGCUCAGAUAUACAAAACCAUAAUGGUUUCACCAACAAUGGCUUGGUGAAAACUAAUGGCUUGGUGAUUACUAAUGUCUUGGUGGUGUGUUUAGCUAUCACUGUUUUGGGAUGCCUGGCAAUGCUUAUUUAUAUCUGUAUCAAAAAGACCAGAGAACAGAGAAGACUGAAAAAACAUCUUCCAAUCUCAAGUUCCCUGAAAGUGCCCUGUGAUGAGUGUACAAGCUGCAAGCUGUCAAAAGAAGAAAUAGGAGAAGUGUAACCUUAGUGGUUUCGGCUACAUCAAAUCAGAAACAGAUCCACUGUCCAAAUAGGGAACCAAUCAUUCUGAAGCUUUAGGUCGGAGCUGUGAAACAUGUGUAAAUAGCAGCCAGCAUCUCUGUCUGGUACUAGUCCUUAAACCAAACAUUUUACUCAUGGAUAUACAGUAAACUGCAAGGAACAUAUCAACUCUGUAUGUUUCCCCACAGUCUUCAACAAAUCCCCAAACAUAUAAUGACCCACAACAUCUGAACAUUGAUGCAAAACCAGCUUUAUGUCAGCUUUAUGUUUAUUUUAGGUAAACCUACGGUGGCCGAGAAGUGCAAAACAAAUUAACUUAAAUCCGAAAACACAUUAACAAAUCUGAAAACAAAUUAACAAAUCCGAAAACACAUUAACAAAUGUGAAAACAAAUUAACAAAUCCGAAAAAGACAUUAACAAAUCCAAAAACAAAUUAACAAAUCCGAAAACACAUUAACAAAUCCGAAAACACAUUAACAAAUCCGAAAACAAAUGCACAAAUCCGAAAACACAACGACAAGUCAGACAACCCGGAAACGGUAGGCAUCGUUUUUGAAUGGAAACUUACCGAUCAUCGGACGAGACACCUGUCAUUUACCUGUAUAUCUUGAAUGACAGGUGUCUUGUAAAAUGAUCGGCAAGUUUCCUUUCGCAAACUAUACCUACCUUUUCCGAAAACACAACGACAAGACACCUGUCACUCAAGAUUUACAGGUAUGGAAUCUUAUGUGUAAUGUGUAAAGUUCUCCGUUUAAAUAUAAGAAAAUAACAGAAUUACUCCACAGUAACCCAUUCCAUCCAUCAAUUCCAACUUUUCCCUGCGGCAGACUGUUGAACUUCAUGUAUACCUUGAGUGACAGGUGUCUUGUCUUGUCUCAACAGGUGGGUUGUCUGAAUUGUCGUUGUGUUUUCGGAUUUGUUAAUGUGUUUCGUGCAACGAUUCAGACAACCCGGAAAAGGUAGGUAUAGUUUGCGAAAGGAAACUUACCGAUCAUUUUACAAGACACCUGUCAUUCAAGAUAUACAGGUAAAUGAAAGGUGUCUCGUCCGAUGAUCGGUAAGUUUCCAUUCAAAAACGAUGCCUACCGUUUCUGGGUUGUCUGACUUGUCGUUGUGUUUUCAGAUUUGUUCAUAUGUUUUCGGAUUUGUUAAUGUGUUUUCGGAUUUGUUCAUUUGUUUUGCACUUCUCGGCCACCGUAUAAACCAGGCUACUUUGGCUUAGACGCACAAAUAAUAUACAUAGUCAAAUAAUGGAAUAUGACUGAAAUGUGUUUUUGACUGUUUUGUGAUGAAUUCUUGUAGCAUUCUCACAUACUAGCACUUACCACUGCAUUAUUGUGUUUAAUUUUGCUCUUACAAUUGUUUCUGGCUAAAAAAGCAUUUGUUCUAAUUAUAUUGAAUUAUAUUGCCACACUAGUAUAAACUAAGUAAAAAGUGUCUAAAUAUUAGUAAAAUAAAUGUAAUUAUAAUAAUGUAAUAAUAGUGAUUAACAAUUUACAAUGAUAGUGAUAUUGUAAUGAAUGUAGUUAAACAUUAAAUGUUAUUAAACAGU